UAUCGUCAGUUCUUUUAAAACCUUCGAAGCAAAUGGAAUAUCCAGAAGAGAAUUAUUAUAAACUGAACCGCUUUCUUCUAUCGGCUUGCGGACUAGAGCCUUACCAAAGCAAGUGGAAUGCUCGUUUAAUAAGAGCUCUUAUCACGGUCGUCAUGAUGUCGUCUGCAAUUUUUCAGAUCUCGUGCUGGUUUAUAUUUGAAAUCACAUAUGAAUUUAUAGUGAAUGGGGUGCAAGAGCUUUUAGUUAAAUUGUGUAUCCUAAACAGCUUGCAUUUACGUAUCGGAAAUGUAGACAAAGUUAAAAUAUUAUUCGACCGCAUAUCAAAAGACUGGGCAUUGCAAAAGACACAUGGUGAGAUCAAGAUUAUGCGCGAAUAUGCUGAGUUGUCAAAACUAUUCACAUUCUGUUGCACGAUCUUGUCGUAUAUAAGCAUGAUGGGAUAUUGCAUGUGGUUGUGCACACCAGAAAUUCUCAAUGUUUUAAUGCCCAUGAACGAAUCUCGUCCGCGGAGGCAACCCUUUAAUGCUGAAUUCUUUUUAGAUGAGGAACGAUACUUUAUCCUCAUUCAUUCCCACAUGUGCUUUGUACUUCUAACCAUACCUAUAGUUUUCGUUACGGGUUUCACUUUAUUUAUGACUCUCACACAACACGUUUGCGGAAUGUGCAAGUUAUUGGGGUCUCGCGCAGAACGCUUAUUUCUUGUUGUUGAAGACAGAACGAAAUGCGAUUUAAUUCAGGAGUCACAAAUAAGAAACAAGAACAUGAUCGUUUUUAUACAGCAGCAUUACAACAUUAUACAAUUCGUUGAUAUAAUUGAAACUUAUCACACAACACUGUUUUUAUGGGAUCUCACAGGAAUAAUGAUUAUGUUGAGUCUUACGUUAAUCCAGAUAUUAACUAUUUCUGAUAUCGAGGGAGCUAUUAGAUCUAUUGGUAUCUCUGUUGCAUCACUAUGUUAUUUAUUCAUAUGUUGUUACAUGGGACAAAAGAUAACGGAUGAAAGUUUGAGUGUAUAUGAGAAAAUAUACAAUUCUACGUGGUACAAUGCAGUUGUUUCAGAGCAAAAGAUACUGUUAAUGAUACUGAUACGACGCUGUCACCCGUUGGUCAUCACCGCCAGUAAAUUUUAUACAUUAUCUUUGCAGAAUUUUGGAAAGAUACUUCAAACAUCGCUCUCCUACUGCAUGUUUGUCAGACAAAUCUGAAAAAGUUUCUAUCAAGUUGCAAGUGUAGAAGUAACGUAGAAAAAUCGCAAGAAUGUGUUAGACAUGUAUUGAUCUUAUUCUUAUGAUAAGCAAUUGUCCUCUGUAAAAACAGAAAUCUGUUGGUGCGGUUUACAGGUAAGUGUAAAUACAUAAAAUAAAUACAAAAAUAAUUAAAACGACUUAGCAAAUGUGUGAUUUCUUUUUAGAGUAACAAGAUAUUUAUGAUAAUAAAUAUCUGUCUGCUUCUGUAUAUUUAUCUGUAGCGUUGCCUAGAAAUUCUUCUUUUUUAGAAUAAUUGUAAAUAAAAUAUUAUCAGAAUUAACUGUUAAGAUUAAAAAUUGUUCUUAAUAUAUUUUCUGUACUUAAAUCAAAAAAUAAUUGAUGUCGCCGCAACAGUAUAAUCGCACGUGUGAAAAAAACUAACACUGUGGGUAGAAAAUUGCCAGAAGAUUAUUUUUUUAUUCGAUGAUCACCAGAUGUUUCCCAUGUUAUUACACGGGAUGAAAACCGUGACCAUUUUCCAGAUUCGCCGAAUGCAAGUCGAUUGUAUUCACACGGAACCAUCGCAAAUAAUUAAGUGUGAUAUAGCAUAUCGGGCAAAUUAAAGCAUUGCAUAUGUUGUUAUAUACUUGCUGUACAUUUCCUGACAACGAAAAAACACAUUAUGAAUGCACAUGACUAUUGAUACGUUAUACUGUUAGUAACAUGACAGCAACCUGACAGCAACAAUUUUGUAUUUAGCAAAUUUAAUAAUGAAAUGUAGCUAUUUACUUGUCGUUGAUAGAAUUCACUUGAGUGCAACCCAAUAGAUAUAAUGCUGUCUCGAGUUUAGUUGCUGCAACAUUGUUGACAAUAUAACAACAAACUCACUGCAUUUGGCUAUCUAGGACAUAUCACACUAUAUAUAUAUGUCACUCUAUAUUACUUGUAUUUUUUCACAAUUACAUGUAGGCUGUUUUGGUGUUUUAGAAAUAUAACGAAGUCAUAUGAUUAA